GUGUCCAUAGAAAAGCUGGCCUGCGAUGACUUCUUUACAGAGGGUCGUCGCCUCGGCAGCGCUCCCAGCGUGUGUUGUGUGGGCGCAAAGAGGAAUCCAACGAAAAGGCUUCCACAUCGCUUGAACCAUCACUUUGCCGUGCACCAACUAAUGCAGGGCCGCACUGACCUCGCGUCGGCCAAACGCCUAAACAAGACUUCAUUUAACGAUCUCUUUUUUUCCCUCCACACGUCCUGCGCUAAAUGGUGCUUUAAACAACGCAGGGAUCGUGAGAACGAACACAAUUCCGGCGGACUUUCGCAAGGCGGCAACAUUUUUUCCCUUUUUCACUGCCAUAAAUGCACAAUAGACCGGAGAAUACUGCAAUUAUGCGCACCAACGGGUUAA